AUGGCCACGGAAGCUCUGCUGCCCCUGGGCGCAGCCUACAAUGGUGCAACUCAGACUUCUCUUGACUCUGACAAGGCCGCCGCCGGCAACGAAUACUUUCCCACCGUCUUCAACCCAGCCACUGUGCACGAAAAGGGUCGAGCCGUCAUCGGCGUCGGUCGAGCCUCUCUCACCAAGUCUGGCCCACUGGAUGGCUUCAAGCUGUACUACGAGGUGCACGGCACCGGCGCGAUCAAAGUUGUUUUCGUCAUGGGUCUUAACAACUCAUGCUUUGGCUGGUUACCGCAGGUGGAACAUCUUUCCAAGGAUCCACGAUACUCGUGUCUCGUCUUCGACAAUCGGGGCGUUAGCAAUUCCGAGACUCCUACUGGAUGGUACAAGACGUCUGAAAUGGCGCAGGAUGCGUUUGAGCUAUUGAAGCAUGUUGGAUGGAUCAAAGAUGGGGAGCAACACCAGAGGAGCGUACACGUGGCAGGCGUUUCUAUGGGUGGAAUGAUUGCCUUGGAGAUGGCCAAGCAGAAGCCUGAGGUGAUUUCGUCGUUGACGCUCAUCUCGACUACUGCGGGGAGGAGGUAUCGAACGCCUACGUACGGCUUGACCUCGCUCGCGCGCGUCCUGGGAGGCAGGGUUUUAGGCUUCGACAGCGAAGAGUAUCGACUGAACCGUCUCAUCACCACCCUCUUCCCUUCCACCUGGCUCAGCCAGACUUCCCCCAACGAUCCUCAAGGCCGAACCCACCAGGAGGUGCUCUACGAAAUGUUCAAAUGGCGCUUCCAGUUUACCACCAGACAGUCACUCCACGGUGCGGUGAGCCAGAUGAAAGCCGCUCUUUCGCAUUUCGUCGCUGAUACCGACUUGGCCAAGAUCAAUACAGACGUCCCCAAGAUCUGCAUCUUGACCGGCGAUAUCGACUACUUGGUGGACCCGAGGAACUCGUUCUUUUUGAAGGAAAAACUCUCCAACGCCGAGUUUCACCAAUUCACACAGGCCGGCCAUGCUCUCGGCAACCAGCUCACAGAUCAGGUGAAUUCGAUCCUGGAAAAAGUCAUCGCCGAGGGCGAGGACAAGUCGAAAGCAUAG